AUGGCCCCGCCGCCGCCUCGGCCCCGCCGCGGCACCCGCCACCGUCCCGCUGCCCACAGCAGGUCCCCCCGGGGUCCCGGUGCCACGGGGAGCCUGGGGGUGCCUCACGCCAGGGAGCACUCGGAGCCCCCCACCCUUUCCAGCCGCCCCAUCCCGGUUGUUGCUCCCCGCUCCCCCCCGGGCACAGAGACCCCCGCUCGGUGGGCAGCGAGCCCCACGGCUCUGCCCCACGGCGGAAUGGGGAUCCCACCCCCGGACAGCCCAGCCCGCUCCCCCCCACAGCCGCAGGUCAACUCCGGACGGAUCCCGGCCCCAUGGGGGUCCCAGCGGGUCCCUCUGCCGGGGCAGGGGACGCGGAGUCCCCCCCAUCCCGGCCGUGCCGUGCGGGGGUCAGGGGGCAUGGGCGGCCGAGAGCCCGGCGGGGGGGCAGCGGCGUUUGCUGCAGCCGGAGCCUUUGAAAUGCAACCCCCCCCGCCCACGGCCCAUUUGGCUGGAGUUUGGCCCAGGCACAAAUGGAGGCCCCGGAGCGAGCAGGGGAUUCCGGGGGGGUGCGGCAGCUGCGGCCGGGGCUGGCGGGACCCUCUCACCGCGGCCGGUCCCUGGCACUGGCGUCUCCACGCGUGUGGCGGCUCUGGAUAUCCCGGGCCCCCUGGCACACCCCAGCACCCAGUGCCGGCAGCUCGCCGGGAUGUGCGGCCCCGGGUGGGGAAAUACCCGGAGCUGCCGGUGUUUGGAGCCACGGCAGCCCCCCAGGAUGGGGGAUUCUGUGGGGGGGGGACACGGCAGCAGCCCCAGCUCCAGCACAACCACCCCCUCACACGCUCCAUCCCCCGGCGGCACGUGCGGCCACGGCGGCUCCGCCAUCUCCCCGCGCCCUGCGGAGAGGACAAAAGCCGCGUGCGAGGAAUCCGUGCAAACACCGCUGUGCCCGGCACGCCGCCGUGCGAGGGGCCCCGUUCAUUACCGCCGUGA